AUGAAUGCAGGCCCCCCGGAAGCUUUGAUCUCCGUGUUUCUGCAGUUCAUUGAGGAUCGUGGCCGCUGGGCCUACGGGGCCCUGAGCCAGACGUGCCACCCCCGGAAGCAGCUGUGCAACGAAAUGAACCUUCUGUACCGCAAGAGCAAGGUGGAGUGGAAACAGAGCAAGGACGACGAGCCCAAGAAGAGUUCGGCCAAGGAGCCCAGCGUGGGGAAGGUACGGGACGUGGCCUCUUUCCGCCGCCACUUCAGGAUGGGGUUCAUGACCAUGCCGGCCUCGCAGGAGCACGCCCCGCACCCCUGCGCCAGCAGCAUGGCGCCCCGCUCCCUCUCCUGCCACUCAGUGGGUAGCGUGGACAACAGCUCAGGGGAUGCAGCCGCAGGGUCCCGGAAGCCGCCAGCAAAGCCCAAGCGCCACCCCAGCACCAAGCUCAGCGCCGAGGCCAAGUCCGUCCUGGAUCCGGCAGGGAGCAAGAGAGGAACUUCCCAUAAGUCAAGCGCAGAGAGCCGAGAAUCAGGGCGCAAGGUCCCCCCGCAGAAGCCAAAACGCAGCCCCAACACCCACUUAUCUGUCUCGUUCGACGAGACGUAUUCAGGUCGACUUCCAGGCCCCGUUGCAGCCGGGGCAAUGCAGCGCUACGGCCGCGCCUUCUCCCACAGCCAGGCAAAGGGCUCUGACGCCGAGGAGGACGAGCCUGUGUACAUCGAGAUGGUCGGGGACAUUUUCCGGGGACCCGGCCUCCCAUCCCAAGCGCCCCCCACAGCAGACGAGGACUCUGACGAGAGCGAAGCCAUUUAUGAGGAGAUGAAAUACCCGCUCCCUGAAGAAGGUGGGGGGGAGUCCCGCCCCAAUGGGGCCCCGGCCUCCCCGCGCCACCGCCCUGUGAAACGGGAGGCCGCCAAGGCAGCAGCGCCACCGCCAGGCACCAAGACGUCCCCCUGUGAGAUCCCUCCGCCCUUCCCCAAUCUCCUGCAGCAUCGCCCCCCCCUGCUGGCAUUCCCCCAGGGGAAGAAGGGGUACAAACCCACAGGUCAGGAUGGCUCUAAGCUGCCAGUCCCCUGCCACAGCAAGGAGGCGCCCUCCGCCCCCAUGACCCCGCAGGUCCCCAGUCAUCACCACCACCAACACCACCACCCACGGAGCGGCGAGAGCACCGCCCUGGGCCCCUCUGGCCGUGCCCGCAGCCACUCCACACCGCUCCCUCCGCAGCCCACAGGGCAGAGCAAAUCAGAGAAGGAGCUCCCCAACUCCCACAGCAUGAUCUGCCCACCGGCCAAGCAGGCCCCCGUGCCAGUGCUACCCGCGGCCUCCGUCCCAUCUAUGCUGCCGGUGAAAGAGAAGCCGGCUGUUUCCUACACCAUGGUCUACUCGGCGGUCAAGGUCACCACGCACUCCGCUCCGGCCGAGCAGAAGACGGAGAAGGAGAUCUCGGUGCUGCACGGCCUGCUGUGCGCCCGCCCCUCCACCGUGCCAUCCUGCAAGCAGGUGCAACGGGCGUGCACGCUGCCCGACCCUCCACCCCUGGGCAUGGUCUGGACGUACCCUGCGCCGUGUGUGGGCAUGAAGCGCCCGCCAGCAUAUGAGAGCGUCAAGAACGUGGGCACCAAGGCUUCAUCGGCGGUCAAGAUCCAGUUGCAGGACCGGGCAUUCACCAGCAUCGCCUGCUCCCACGUCCUGUCCAGUGAGGAGUGUGGCCGGCCCCCGUUGGGAGAGGAGGAGCCCUUUGGAUGGGUCCUGCAAAGGAGGAUGGGCUACGCCAGCCAGAAGGGGAAAGAGCCGGAGAAGGCUGCAGAAGCCCCCCAAGGAUGGGACAGUGGGGGUGGUGCUCCACCGAAAAUGGAAAAGGAAGAGAAGGCCCACCAGCCGCCGGUUGUCCUGCAGUCGGGCAUCCCUGUCCGCGCCCCGGGGCCAGAGGGCCUGGCUGCCAAGAUGCCAGCGGGGAGGACAAAUUUGCCCGUUCCCUGCCAGACCUUCCCUGCCUGUCAUCGUAAUGGAGAUUUCACAGGGGGCUACCUUCUGGGCCGCUCGGCAUCCACCUCUGGCGUCCGACAUGCCGUGAUUCAGGCGCAGAGACCGUGCAGCCACGCUCGGGACCCAGCCAGCCUGGCCUUGCAGCACGCACAGCUGCCGGUGUCGGGGGGCCCCCAGAGCUCCCGCGAGAGGGAUGGGAAGCUGCUGGAGGUCAUUGAGCGCAAGCGGUGCGUCUGCAAGGAGAUCAAAGCACGGCACCGUCCAGAGCGCAGCCUGUGCAAGCAGGAGAGCAUGCCCAUUCUGCCCAGCUGGCGGAGGAACACGGAGAACCGCAAAUCCGGGACGCCACCCUGCCGCCGCCAGCAGACGGUGCUGUGGGACACGGCUAUAUGACAGUGAGUGGGGGCUGAGCCCCAAGGAACCUGUGCCUUGUGCUGGCCGAGCUGAACACGUCGUCGUCGU